AUGGAGGAGUGCAACAAGCAGUUCUGCAAGAGCUACAUGCUUCUGGACUACGACAAAAUCGGCCUCGUCGACCUCAUCAGCCUGCUCUUCUCCCCCAACAUAGGGAAAAGAAAGUUCGUCGACUGCAAACAGACCUCUGAACCGAGCUUCCGCCGGAGGUGGCUCAUCUUCCUCUCCAUCGUGGCCCACAAGCUCCUCCAGCUCGUCUCCAAGCCCUUGUCCUUCGUCGGAACCUGCGUCGAGUCGUGGCUCAGCCUCUUGUCCCGCAACGGCGGCUUCCCCGGCCUCUUGUUCAACACCCUCACAUCGUACCAAAACAAAGCGUCGACGCAAGCGUUUCUGAUGCGCGACAGAGCCGCCGACGGCAGCGAGACCGUCGCGGUGGUGUUCCGGGGGACGGAGCCGUUCGACGCGGACUCGUGGUGCAGCGACGUGGACAUCUCGUGGUACGAGCUCCGCGGAGUGGGCCGGAUCCACGGCGGGUUCAUGAAGGCACUGGGCCUGCAGAAGUGCCUGGGCUGGCCCAAGACGCUCCAACAGUCCGGCCCAGAACACGGAGACCGCCCGCUGUUCGCCUACUACAAGAUCAGGGAAAUGCUGACGGAGAUCAUGUCACAGAACGAGAAGGCGAAGUUCUUCGUCGCCGGCCACAGCCUCGGCGGCGCGUUGGCCACAUUGUUCCCGGCGGUGCUGAUGCUCCACGACGAGGACGUGCUGCUGAGGAGGCUGGAAGGUGUGUACACGUUCGGCCAGCCGCGCGUCGGGGACGAGAAGUUUGGGAAGUACAUGAAGCGGAAGUUGGACGAGUAUGGGAUUAGGUAUUACAGGUUUGUUUACGGUUUCGACAUCGUGCCGAGGCUGCCGUACGAUGAUGCCAACCUCAUGUUCAAGCAUUUCGGGACUUGUAUCUUCUUCAACCGAAACUACCAUGGACGG